GCGACCGCGCGGAUGGAAACAUGAGGCGACUUUCUGAAACGGGCUAAAAGAGAAAGCAUCGAAGCGACGGCACUUCUCCAAACACCUCGGUGGGACAGAACGGGUGUUUUCCGCAGUGCCAUGCCGCGGCCAUGGACAGAAAACUGAUCGUGUUUCUGUCUGCCCUCCUCCUGUGUUCGGUGGUGAGCUGUCAGGAAGCGGUCCUGCACGUCUCCGACGGCUCUGCGGACAAGGAGUACUGCCUGGUGUACAACUCCUCCUGGACCAACGUGUCCUCAUCGCUCUCCACGGCGGAAGAAUACCAGCUGGUUAACCUGACGUCCAGCUUUCUCUGCAGCGCCGAUGUGCCUCCUGCUGAGCUGAAAGGGAAAGCUGUGGUGGUGAUGAGGGGCAACUGUACGUUCAGUGAGAAGGCUCAGAUAGCCCAAGACCUGAACGCUUCAGCCAUUCUCAUUGCCAGCACAUCCCCUUUGAUAAUCCCCAGUGCCAACGAAACAGAGUAUGGCAAGGUCAAGAUUCCACUGGCACUCAUGAGAUACCGGGAUAUACUGGAUGCACAAAAGAGGUUUGGGGACAGGAUGUCGGUGAGGCUGUACGCCCCACCGUCAUCUGUUUUUGACCUCAGCAUCCUGGUCAUGCUUUUCAUCAGCAUCUUCACAGUGGGCAUGGGUGGGUUCUGGAGUGGAGCAGCUGAGAGGGAGAAGCUGAAUGCUGGUCCUGGUUUUGGAGAUUGUAGAGGGCGAACUGACAGUGGUGAUGUGUCCCUCUAUUCCCCACUAAAAGUAGUGCUGUUUGUGGCGCUGAUGUGUGGGAUGCUGGUUCUCAUGUACUUUUUCUACAAAAUUCUUGUGUAUGUCAUCAUAGUCAUCUUCUGCGUGGCCUCUGCUGCAGCACUGUACAGCUGUCUGGAUGCGAUCAUGGAGAAGAUUGGUUGUAACACACUCAGUUUUUCAUGUCUAGGUAAAGGGUUGUCUGGGAGAUCCCUUUUGCUUGCGGCCUUCUGCAUCACCGUGGCAGUGUUGUGGGGAGUAUACAGGAAUGAAGACAGAUGGAUCUGGAUUCUGCAGGAUUUACUAGGAAUUGCUUUCUGCUUGAACUUCAUGAAGACCAUCACUGUGUCCAACUACAAGAUCUGUGUGAUCCUGCUCAGCCUGCUCCUCCUGUAUGAUGUCUUCUUUGUCUUCAUCACACCUUUCUUCACGCCGAAUGGAGAAAGUAUCAUGGUGCAAGUGGCUGUGGGUCCAGAGUCUGCUGGCGAGAAGAAUGGAGGGAAUCAGUUCGAGAUCCCUGCAGAGCCCACAGCUCCCAAUGAGAAACUGCCGGUGGUGAUGAGAGUGCCAAGGUUUUCCGCGCCAAACUUGUGCUCAAUACAGUUCUCCAUCCUGGGAUAUGGAGACCUCAUUGUCCCAGGAUUGUUGGUGGCCUACUGUCAUCGGUUUGACGUGUGGAUCAGCAGCCCGAAGAGAAUCUACUUUGUGUCCUGCCUUACAGCUUAUUUCUUUGGCAUGAUUGUAACCUUUGUGGUCAUGAUCCUGUCCAAGAUGGGCCAACCAGCUCUACUCUACCUUGUGCCUUUCACACUCAUUACCAGUGCUAUGGUUGCCUGGCGACGGGGUGAAAUGAAACGGUUCUGGGCUGGAAGCACUCAUGAAGUGUUGGACUCGUCAAGGGAGCCUUUAUUACAAGGUAGAAGAACAGAACAUGACAGCAUUGGAAGAAAAUGCUGAGUUUUAUAGAUGACACAGGACUGUUUUUCUUUCUCAUUUGAACUUUUACGAAAUGUUGCAAAAAGCUUAAUUUAACUGAUGGAAAAAUGCCUUUAGAAAUGAUUUUCACAAUAGAACAUUUUUAUUAAUCACAUGAUUUCAUGGUUUCAUUGGUUUAUGAUGUGGGAAUUUUGGCAAGUACUGUUCUUUUACAUGAAACUUGAGAGGAACUACUAAUGAAGUAGUUUACAAGAUUAACUUUGCUGUUCAUAACUUAAAACUUUUGUAUUUUAAUCUUGAUUGGUAUAAUUAAAUCAAUUUUGU